UAGGAUUAAUGCCAGAGUGAGGGUUAGAUUUUGGGUAAGGUUGGGUAAGGUUAGGUUUUGCUUAUUGGAAGUAACAUAUUAAAUCUAGUUCAUGUAACAUGUCAACAAUGCAUUUUAAUGUAACCAUUUCCUUAAUAUCACCUCAGAGACUUCCUCUCGGCAGAAUGAGGGUUUUGCUCGCUGUCUCUGCUCUUGUGGUUGUGGCCGGUGCAGCCAGUGUUUCUCUGGAGGAUCAGGAGUUCCACACCUGGAAACUGAAGUUUGACAGGAUUUAUGGUUCAGUGGAAGAAGAGACUCAGCAUAAGAUGAUCUGGCUGGACAAUCGUAAGCUGGUCCUGGAGCACAACAUGCUGGCUGACCAGGGCAUCGAAAGCUACAGACUCGGCAUGAACCACUUUGCAGACAUGGACAACCAGGAGUACCAGCAGAUGUUUAAGGGCUGCCUGGGAUCCUUCAAGGAGUGUGAGAUUGAUAAUGCAACUACAUUCUUCCAACCGGUAGAGGGUGCAGCUCUUCCCAGGACUGUGGACUGGAGGAAAAAAGGCUAUGUGACUGAGGUUAAGGACCAGUGUCAUUGUAUGGCCUGCUGGGCCUUCAGUGUGACGGGUGCACUCGAGGGUCAGAUGUUCAAGAAGAAAAAGAAGCUGGUCAGUUUGAGUGAGCAACAGCUGGUGGACUGCUCCUGGAGUUCUGGAAACCAUGGCUGUACCAGUGUUUUGGCAUACAAGGCCUUUGAGUACAUCAAGUCCAGUGGAGGCCUGGAGAAAGCAAGCACCUAUCCAUAUCAAGCCAAGGCAGGGCUGUGCAGGUUUAAAAAACAGAAAGCUUGGGCUAAGUGCUCAGGCUAUGAAAAGGCGAAGCCCACAGAAGACGCUCUGCAGCUCGCCGUGGCCACAAUUGGACCUAUUUCUGUAUCUAUAAAUGCCUUCCCACACAGCUUCCAGCUCUAUGAGUCAGGUGUGUAUGAUGAGCCAGACUGCAGCAACAAUAAGGUGACUCAUGCUGUGCUAGUUGUUGGUUACGGCACUGACGCACUCAAAAAGGACUACUGGCUGGUCAAGAACAGCUGGGGUGUAAACUGGGGUGAAAAGGGCUACAUCAAGAUGUCCAGGAACAAGAAUAACCAGUGUGGUAUUGCCACAAGAGGCUCCUACCCUGUGGUUUAA